UAUUGUGAUUCGCCGGCCACACACUACACACUGAGAUUGAAGAGCAACAUGAGCGAGAAACGGUUAUUCCGGCGAAUAUUGCCUCCGAUCUGCCGCACCACUCCGAUCGAGUACAGUUCGCCGCCUUGUAACUUGGUGCACUGGAAACGAGAGUGACGUCACCGUUCCGGCGAAUCGCUGUGGACGGCGUUUUUCUGACCGGUAAUUUUAUUUUUUCUGAUAAAUGUAUAAAAUUGCAGGUGAACUAGGGUUCAUUCUGUGGAGAGUAACAACGAUCCGUGAAACUCGGUCCCGAUUAUUGGGAGUUGAAUUUUUCGUCUAUUGAUUGGUACUGAAUACUGAUAUUGAUUGAAUUAUUACCCAAAAUUUCAGUACUUGUUUCAUCUUAAUUUUUCAACGCUGAUAAUUGUUAAAGUCUAUUUUAAUUGUUAAUUGUUAUUACAAUUUUUUUUUUAAUAUAUAAUAUUAGACUCAUGUGAUCUUGUAUAAUUGUUAAUUGUUAUAAUUUCAUUUGAUCUUGUACACUAAGUAAACAACAAGAAAAUUCAGUCAACUCUCUCCAAAAAAAAAAAAAAAAGGAAAAUGGCACCGUUUCUGAAGGUGGCGGUGAUCGGAGCCGGUGUGUCGGGCCUGGCCACAGCCCGAGCCCUCAAAAGUGAAGGUUUUGAACAAGUUGUUGUUUUCGAAAAAUCGGACAAUCUUGGUGGCACGUGGGUUUACGAUCCUAAAAUCGAAUCCGAUCCAUUAAGUCUAGAUCCAAACAGAGAAAUUGUACAUGGCAGCUUAUACCUUUCGCUCUGCACUAAUCUCCCUAGGCAGCUUAUGGGGUUUUCCGAUUAUCCGUUCGUAACUAGAAAGUACGGUGAUUCGACGACUUUUCCUAGUCAUGAGGAGGUGCUCGAGUUUUUGAAUGAGUUUGCGGUUGAAUUUGGAUUGGCUGAGAUGAUAAGGUUCGAGACCGAGUUUGUAAGAGUCGACCGAGUUGACUCGAGGAACGAUCAAUGGGUUGUUGAGUCGAGAGCGAAUGAUUUGAGCUCGAACGAGAUCUUUGAUGCAGUAGUUGUUUGUAAUGGUCAUCAUACUCAACCGAAAUUGGCUGAUGUUCCAGGCUUAGAAAUAUGGCCUGGAAAACAGGUGCACAGUCACAAUUAUCGAGUCCCCGAGCCAUUUCGGGAUCUAGUCGAUGGAAAUGGAGAAGUUAUGUUCGAGGAUGGUGCCUCUGUUUACGCAGAUAUCAUCUUCCACUGUACAGGGUUCAAAUACGAUUUCCCAUUCUUGAAAACCGAUGGAAUUGUGACGGUUGAUGACAACCGCGUGGGACCUCUUUACAAACACAUCUUCCCUCCAAAACUCGCCCCCGGCCUUUCCUUCGUCGGUCUUCCAUAUUUUGCGGCUCCCGUACUAGCUAUAUAUGAUUUACAAGCUAAGUGGAUAGCGUGUGUUUUAUCCGGAAAGACCUCUCUACCAUCCGAGGAGGAAAUGUUGGCCGAUACUCGAGAAUACUACCGGAAUAUGGUUGAGAAAGGAGUACCGAAACACCAUACUCAUAGCCUUGGUCAUGAGUUUGAUUAUGCGGAUUGGUUAUCGAGUCGAAUGGGAUUACAAGGAGUGGAUGAACGGACGAGAUCGAUACAAAAGAGUUACUAUAAAUUCCUCGUCAAGAAUCGUGGAUGGAGGAAUAGAGAGUGGGAAUUUAGUGUUGGAGUUCAAGAAGAAGAAGAAGUCAAUUAGAUUUGAUGAAAUUUGUUGUAAUAUUUAUCAGUCCUAUUAACCCGUGAUUUGAUUACUCUUUUAGUGCUUGAUUUAUUCACAUUUUGGUGAAAAUAUAUAUUGAAAUUAAAUCAUGCCAUUGUGAAUUAUCUUUGAUUA